AUGGAGAGGCCCCUAUUUUGCUUAAUGGUGGUGGUGUUGGCAAUCCAGAUUGUGCUUGGUGACAAACUGAGCCUGGAGAUCCCUGUGCCAGUGCCACUGAGCCCCAAGGGCAGCCCCACUUCUGAUGAGUCCAGACUCAUUUGCCACAAGAGCUCCAACCUGAGGAACAGGACCACCUGGAGUGAGUGUGAUGAGACCAGAUGGGGCCUGUCCCAGUCUUGUGCCUGUGGGGAUGGUGAGUCCCUGUGUGUGUCUGCUGUGGACCUGGCCAGACACACUGUGGCCAAGGGUUGCAUGUCCAAGGAUGCCCUGAGAAGCUUGCAGCUGAGGGGCCAGAACCAGGCUGACUUUUGCAGAGUGUCCAAGAGGUACCCCACUCAACUCUAUUGCACUUGUUCCACCAAUGGCUGCAACAGAGACCUUUUAUUGUCAGAGAGGAUGUGUUACCACUGUUGGAACUGUGAUGACAGGAACAUGAAGCUCAGGCACUGUUUCUCUGGCUUUGUCCUGUCCAAGGGCAUGAGUGGUGCUGGGCAUGUGUACUGUGUGAAGGAGAUUGACUACACCAGGGAUGGGCAAAUUAAUAGGUUCUGUGAGCCCCUGGAUACACCUCCAAAUGCUGGCUGUGUAUAUGAGGGCAGCACUUUGAAGUGCUAUUGCACUGAUGAUGCUUGCAACCAGGGUGUGGUUGGUGUCAUGGCCCCUGGCUGGCUUUUAAUGGCUUCCUUGCUCAGCUUGAGGAUUAUUCUGUGA